AUGAGCUCUAUAUGCUCCCAAAUUAACGAGUUAUCGAGUGACUGCUCGAUAAACUUCGUCGAGGGUCUAUCUCUCUCCGCGGAAGCUUGCAAUGACUGGGACUCGCUUACACAAGGCAUCGUGGACAAAUUGACGAAUUGCAACGUCGCAAAGGAACGAAAGAAACAUACUCAGCUGGUGUUCUAUGAGAUUUUACUGCUUCUAUCGGACCACAAUGUUGCUCGACCGCUGGAUGUUGAAAAAGCAUGCCGCUUGAUUCAAAAGGUAUAUUCUGUGGAAGGAACUAAAACUGCACGAAUUUUCACAGCCUUGGUGAACAGCUUUCCAGAAAAGUCAGAGCGCUUACUAGCACUAAUUCGGAGCCUCAAAAUGAUGGAUGAAGAGUUUUGUACUCACAUCGCCGAUGACAAGCUUUUGGAGAAAACGGGCAAGUUUAGCGUGAAACAGCGCGCUCUUUUCAAGAAGAGUUUGCUUGAUAGCAGAUACAUUAUCCAAAAGUACAAUUUACUCAGUGAACACCCUGUAGCGUUCUCAGAGUUACUGACUCUAUUAUUGAUUGCUUACAAUGAUCCUACAAACGUUGAACGUGCCUCGAUGUAUUGGCAGGAGACACAAUGCAUUAUCGGAAAGUACGCACUCGAUCCUCUUCGUGCUCUCGAUGUGAUUUUAGUCGUUUCCUCUCAUCACAUUACUGAGAACUAUGCGUUCCUCAUUCGCUUUCUUCAAGUUUCAAGCUAUUGGCCUGCGGUCAAGGCCGAUUGUCAGUCGGCAGAAGGUCUAAGCAAGGGUGGCAACAUUAUAGCGGCACAGAUCUUGACUAUGCAUUUGAACGAAGCCGCUGUAGGUGUCAAGUUCUACGACAUGACUUGCGUUCUGAUCAAAGCUGGCUUAGUGUCCUUUCUGUCAAUAUUCGAUAAUUUAGGGCCCGAUGAUGACACCAUUCAACAGUUUGCUGACUGCUUCUACGCAGACUUAGAAGCUGAUAGCAUGAAGGGGAGCACGAAUCCACUAGCGCUGGCGGCAGCGCUUACAGAUGAUCCAGAAGAAGAUGGGGGUCUACUGCCGAAGGACCAGGCAAAACCAAGUUCUUCCGAACAGGAGCCUUCUCAAGAAGAUUUGGAAGCUGAAAAAGAACGUGAAAAAAAGCAAAUUUUGGAGGGAGGAAAAAUGAUGCUUCUUCAUCGACUUCUUGCUCAUGGUUCCAUAACACCAUUCUUGUAUGCCUUCCAAAAUUAUUCUCGAUUUCUGUUGGUGAGUGACCUGACUUCACAACUUUAUCUAAGGCUUUUCGAAUUCUCGAUUAAUCCACUUUACAAAACAACGGUGUUACGCGAGCCGACAACCAAGGACCCGCCAAAAGGUCUAAUUCGCAAUCACAAUGCCGUUCCACCGCUGCAUGGACAUACUAAUUCAACCUUCUAUUAUCAAGAAAGCCUGGACGAUGUUCCCACUGUAGCAACUAUUGAACAGCUUUUUGAGUCCUGUCACCAAUGGCUUACGAUCAUGGGCCCUCAACUCGCUCUAAAUGUAUGCGUCGUUGCCAAGCUGUGUAGAAUUGGGUUGAAAGACAUUGAAAGUAAUGAAAAUAAGGCAGCCACGCUAGAGGCUUGGCUGAACUUCACCAGGAAGUUUCUGCUACCUGCAUUCCCUCUUCUAUAUGAUAAUGUUAUUGUCCUUAAUGAAGCUUACGAGCUCUUGAGGUGUUUUGGGUUCGAAAGACGAUACUUUCUUUACAAUGAACUAUGCUCUAAGUUAUCUCAAGACAAUAUCUUCGUUAAAGUGGGGUGGAAUAAGUCUGCCAGAGAUGCCAAAACUGAACUCAAGUCGCUCAGCAUUGACAAUGUGAAUAAAAAGGGCAAAAAUUUUGCGAAGCUCGUUUCGAGAAACCCACUAAGUGCUUUAGAACCUGUUAUGAACCAGUUGGAAAACUAUGACAAGCUUUCUGACUUAGUGGUCGAGACGAGUUUGUACUUUAGCCCAUUUGCGUAUGACGUCUUGCAAUAUCAUAUUCUUCUUAGAUUGACGUCAGGAAGACAAUCUUUACAAGAGAGUGGCGUUCACGUAACAAUGUGGGUACAAAGGAUUGCGGUCUUUGUCGCGAGCUUAGCGAAACAUUCUCCCAAGAUGGACAUCGGCAACAUUGUACGUUUUGUCAUUAAAAAGCUUCAUGGAAAUGAUAUGAUAGCAGUGACUGUAAUUCGAGAGUUGAUCUCCAGAGUUUGUGGUGUAAAGGCCAUGAACGAUCUAAGUCCGAAACAGUUAUUAAUGCUUCACUCAGGCCGGCCACUACAGGAAGCAGCAAGAACUGUCAUUAGAGAUACCAGAGAUGAUAAUCAAACUGCGGCAUUGAAACUGCUCAAUAUUUUCAUUGAGCAGAACGCCCUUUCUGAGGUGAUUAUUUUAUUGGACCAUAUGAAAAGCGCCAUGAUGAGACAUGACUCUCACUACAAGGUUCUUUCCUCCAGGAUAGAUGAAAUUGGGCUUCUGUUGUGGUCUUUCAUUGACAUGAGCAAGUAUUUCUUGGGCCCCAAAAAAUUUACAGAUAAUAUUGUUCCCUUUGAUCAACUAGUCAGCAAAUACGCACUGUCAGUCGAGUGGGCAUUUUUCAUCUGGAGAGAGUACUACGAUAAUUGUGCGAAUGAAAAAUCGAAGCUCAAAGAAGAAUUCGACGCAGCAAUUGAUAACGCUAAAUUAAUUCCCGAUGAGUUCAAAGGCGAAUACAGAGAGCUCUUCGCCAAUUUUUGGAAGCUCUCGUUGUAUGAUGUUUGCUUUCGAAAAGAGCUUUACGACGAGGAAAAGAGCUUUCUACAGAGAUCACUGGCUGUUACCAAAUCAAUCAGUAAAAAACGCGAAAUCUCGAAGCAACUGGAGAGCAUCAUGGCUAGCCGCAUUGCACACCAGAGAGCACACACAAAAUGUCAGGAUUUAAUUAGGGGUUGUUCACUAAACAUGGAUCAUCUGAAAGCUACAGGAAUGGUCAAGUCAUUUCUGCAAUAUUGUGUUCUUCCACGAGCAUUGUUUUCUCCCGCUGACGCCCUUUACGUUGUUGAUUUUAUUUGGGAAACUUUCCACUUUGCUGGCGCUCUACGAGUUUUCGAGGAGCUUGUUUCAGCAAGGUUACUUGUAUCUUUACUGUUUAGCUCUACGAGCUCUGAGGCUAGCAACCUUGGUUUAUUCUUCACCACUUACCUUGAAAAGCUAGAAGAACUACGAAAGGCAGAUGAAUUAUCGAAUGAAAACCUCAGAAGACUUUUCAAAAUACAAAGCCUGAUUGCAGAGGACGUCAUAAACUUGAUAAUGGAAAAGAAUUAUAUGUCAAUUCGCAAUGGUAUAGAAUUUAUGAAAUACCUGUCAACAGUAUUCCCCGUUGUUGAAUUCGACAUUUUGCAAAUGAUUCAGGCGAUGGAGAAUCUGAUUGCAAUUGAUAAAAGGGAGGACAUCUUGUUACCUAGCAAUGCCCUAGUAGGUCAUUUGAAAGCGCGCUUGAAAAAUGCUUUGGCUCUUGACGUAUUUUAUAAAAUGAGCCCAGAAGACCAGGUGGACUUUCGGUUUGGCGAGAAAGAGCUGAUCAUGAAGCACCAUAAAGCUUUGUUGAAAGAAGGAGAGGAAAAGAGACUUCGUCUGAAUUCUGAAAGAGAGGCUGAAGAAAGACAGAGUACUGAGGAACUUAAGAAUCAAACAGGAGAAGAGAGGAACGUGACGUCGAGUCCUUACACAAGAUUCGGACGGCUCCCGCCAUUACCCAUGUAUGAGAUUCUCAACGAAAUGCGGGACGUUAUCAAGUGUCUAGAAGCAAACCGCUCAGAAUAUUUGAACCGCCAUGUGAGGAAUAAAGCUCUCUUGACAGAGUUACGCGAAAUUGAAAGAGACACGGUUCAAAAGCCUAAAGAGUACAAAGACAGACUUGCGGAGGUUCUAGAAGCCUAUUUUACAAAGCUGGUAACUUCUCCAAACCAUGAAAAGUUUCAACAACGACUAAACGGCAUCAUAGUAGCUUGUAAAUCUGUGACAAACCCAUAUGGUGCAGAGAAAAUUCAAAAAGGGAGGUCUCUUACUCAGGCUAUUGCGUAUGAUGACGAGCCUAUACCAAUUGCUAGUCGGGUGCCUACUAAUCGUUCAACAGAAUCAAGAACUACAAAGGGAAGUUUCGAAGAUAGCAAACGAACUUCAAGGUACAGUGGCGCAAAGGGCACAGAGCAAGACAAGGAUCUGCAUAACAAAGCAGCAAACUUUGAAAAGCGCCCUGUGUUUCGUAACGAUAAAGAUCAAAAUGAAGCUGAGCGUUCGGUCAACAAAGGACGUUCUACCGGUACAUCAGAAAUUAAGAUACCUAAAGGGCCUAGCUUAGGCGCGGAAAACAGGUUAGCCAAGGCGGGAUCUCGAUACGUGCGAAAGCCGGUCACAACAUCAAAUGCCACUGCCAAUGAGUUCUCCAAGAAAGAAUACUCACCAAUUCCUCGUGGCCCGGCCCGGUCAUCCUCUAACAUCCGAACAAAGGCUGUUUCCGAAAGUCGGUUUGGAGAUAUGUCAACAAACAAGACCAAGAUAAGCGAGCGCUCUCGUACAGCUAGCGCCAGGCCAAGCUCUACCAAACGCCUUAGAGAGGAGCCAGCCGAUACAUUUCCGUCCAAAAGGAACAAGCCAGAAUCUAGCACAAUUCGCCCAAGAUACGCUAGUCGCGAGCGAGGCGAUCGUGAGCGACCAGCUUCAAGACAAGAAUCCAGUUAUGGAGGAAGGUACGAAAAUAAACCGCGCGGUGACUCGCGGCCAGAGAACAUUACCGCCAACUUGCCGUCAGGCCCCAAGGUCCAGACUGGCCGGCCCCAGCGUGGGGGCAACAAUAGCCAGGGCCAAAAACCUUCUUCAACUCCGCAGUCUAGCAGAUAUCAGAAAUAA